UAUAAUCAUUCUCUGUACCCUAUCUCAUAUUCUCCUCCUUUGCUGGACUAUCUGUCUUUCUCUUUCUCUCUCUUCUGUUUCAGUUUCUCUCUCUAGAUCUCCAUGACUGGACAUGAAGAAGAUCAUCAUCAUCUUCAUCAUAAUCACCAUAGUCAAAAUCUCAAGCUCUUUAUUUCUCCAUACCAAGAUCCAAAGGCCCAACCACUCAAUCAAAAGGGUGUACUGGAAAACCCUAAAUGGAAUGAAGAAGAAGAAGAAGAAUCAAAUAAUAACAAAAGUGAAGUAUUAUUAUUAUCAUGCCAUGGCCAGAGAUUAUCAGAUGAUCGUGAUCAGAAUACGAUGAUGAUGAUGAUCAAGGGAGAUGAUUAUCAUGAUCACAUGAAGAUUAAUAAUAAUAAUAAUCACAGCAUAAUUGUCAAUGGUACUACUUCUUCUUCUUCUUCUUCUGCUGGUGCUGGUGCUGGUGCUGGUGAUGGUGGUACUAUUAUUAGGGUUUGCUCGGAUUGUAAGACCACUACUACCCCACUUUGGAGAAGCGGUCCUCGAGGUCCUAAGUCACUGUGCAACGCCUGUGGUAUUCGACAAAGAAAGGCUAGACGAGCCCUGGCAGAGGCUGCAGCAGCCUCGGCCUCAGCCUCAGCCUCAGCCGCCGCAACUGCCACCACUGCCACCGCUACGGCCACCGCUUCUACUUCUUCCUACAAUAACAACAAAACCAGUAGUAAUAAUAAGGAGAAGAAAUGCUGGCGUAGUCUUUCAAAUAAUCCCAAGACCACCAAGUACUCCAAGCUCAUGCUCAUGGACACUAAUACUAAUACUAAUACUAAUACUACUACUACUUCCUCAUCUUCAUAUCAUAAGCUUUGCUUCACAAACUUCUCCUUUAAUGGCCGACGACUCAGCCACAAUUAUGACUCGUCGGCGGUGGCGGCCUUGCCUGGAGUGGUGUUUACUCAGGAUGUUACUGAAGCCGCACACUUGCUUAUGGAACUUUCUUGUGCCUUUGUUCACUCCUGAUUAUGAUGAUUAUAUAUUAUUCUCCAUCUUAAUUAUUUAUUUAUUUAUAUAUAUAUAUAUAUAUGUAUGCUUUUUAGGAUAAUUUAGCUGAGAGAGUGAGAGAGAAAAAAAAGUUAGAGAUAUUUUGAACGUGUUAAUUAGCAAGCCGAAUAUAAUUAGUGAUGUGUAUCGGUUUGCUUUAUUGUGUAUUAUCUCUAAAUCAAAGGAUUAAUAAUAAUAAUAAUAAUAAUAUAUGCACGUUUGGAUA